CAAAUAAAUGUCAACUGUCAAUUUUCUUGUGAUUUUCUUUCAGUCGAAUUACCGAAUUAUGUAAAAGAAUAUUUGUUUCUUUCGCAAAUAUUUUACAAUUUAAGGCAGUGCUGGCAAUUUGGAGUUAAUAAGAACACAAAAAACAAUAAACUCACACAAAAUGGCGAAGGGCAAAAGGGACGAUAUGGAAGACGACUUCUCCGCAAAGUUGGACAUGUGUUUAACUGAUGGGAUUGUUAAAACCGGCGGUGGUAUGCUACUAGGUGCCCUAUCGUCAGUGUUGUUCCUCGGGCGGCGGAGAUGGCCCAUCAUAGCAGGCAUGGGCAUGGGGAUAGGUAUUGCAUAUGCCAAUUGUGAAUAUGAAUUAAACCCUAAAAAGAAGAAUGCUGCAUGAAGACUUGUUUGAUUAUAGAUUGCAAUAUCAGGU